UCCGCGAGAAGUAUUUCGGGCUCCUAAAAUGGAUACGGAGGAAUCUGCAACAGGAUCUGAAGAGGAACUUAUCAGACAUGGAGUCGGGGCAGCUGGAAGUCUUCCCGAAACUGACGGAACUCACGACCUCGACUGUGCGUCGCAGUCUAUCGACUGCAUUUCAGACCAAGAGAUUACAAAUAAUUUAGCCCCGAAACCGAAGUUUAACGCGCUCCACGCGAAGAAAUCAUUUAGACAGACCAGCUCAAGAAAAGUGGCGAUGAGCGGAGAGAAAGUUUCCGAUAUCGAAAUGAAUGGUCAGAAACAAGGUGGCUUGGACGCGAUGACAGUUGCUACACCUGUCAUCGGCACUGAAACGAAUCCUAAUCGCGACCCUGGCAAACCGGAGAAGGGAUCUGGAAAGGAAAAUAAGCAAGUGAUAGCAUCCACUACAAUUAAAAAACGGGGUUCGUGGACCCGGGGAAACCGGCGAGAGCGCAGCGCCUCGUUGGCUGGACACAGAUGGACCCGGUCAGCAUUCAGGGGGAACAGCGAGGAAAGGCGCACGGCCAAUUCGAGACAGGACGAGCCGAAACUGACCAGCUCCACCUUCGCGCUGACGGGAGACUCGGCUCACAACCAAGCCAUGGUGCACUGGUCUGGGCAAAACAGCAGUGUGAUCCUCAUGCUGACGAAGCAUUUUGACUUCAACCUUGGCAGCGUCACGGAGAGUUCUCUGUGGAGGUCAACGGACUACGGAACCACUUAUGAGAAACUUAAUGAGAAAGUGGGAGCGAAAACUAUUCUGAGCUACUUGUAUGUCAGUCCAAAUAACAAAAGAAAGAUCAUGCUGCUGACUGACCCCGAGGUUGAGAACAGCCUCCUGAUCAGCUUGGAUGAGGGUGCCACCUACCAGAAGUACCGCCUGCAUUUCUACAUCCUCAGCUUGCUGUUCCACCCCCAGCAGGAGGACUGGAUUCUGGCAUACAGCCACGACCAAAAGCUUUACAGUUCUGUGGAGUUUGGAAGAAAAUGGCAGCUUGUUCAUGAGAAGGUCUCCCCUAAUCGCUUCUACUGGUCAAAAAUGGGAUUAGACAAUGAGCCUGGUUUAAUUCACCUGGAAACCAGGAUUUCUGAAGGGCAAUCUCAAUAUGUUACCUGCAGACUUCAGAACUGCACAGAUGCUAACAAAGGCAAGCCAUUUCCAGGCUAUAUUGACCCCAAUUCCCUGGUGGUGCAGGAUGAGUAUGCAUUUGUACAGGUAUCAACGGGGGGCCGGCCAGUGUACUAUGUGUCCUACAAAAGGGAUGCCUUCACCCCAAUGAGACUGCCGAAGUAUUCUUUUCCAAAGGACCUGCAUGUAAUCAGCACAGACGAAAACCGUGUGGUGGCUGCAGUGCAGGAAUGGAAUCAGAAUGACACCUACAACCUGUACGUGUCAGACACUCGAGGGGUCCUUUUCACUCUGGCUCUGGAGAAUGUCAUGAGCAGCAUGGGGCCCGAGGGCAACGUCAUGAUUGAUCUCUAUGAGGUAGCAGGGAUAAAAGGAAUGUUCUUGGCAAACAAAAAGCUUGAUAACCAAGUGAAGACCUACAUCACCUACAGCAAGGGCCGAGACUGGCACUUACUGCAAGCCCCUGCCACAGACCUGAGAGGCAACAGCAUAAAUUGCAUGCUGCCGUACUGCUCAUUGCACCUACACCUUCAUGUGUCUGACAAUCCGUACACUUCCGGAAACAUAGCCAGCAAAGACUCCGCCCCCGGCAUCAUCGUGGCCUCGGGUUCCAUUGGAUCUGAACUGACCACCACUAACGUUAGCGUGUUCAUAACGUCAGAUGCUGGGAACACCUGGAGUCAGAUAUUUGAUGAGGAGUACAGCGUGCUGUAUCUAGACCAAGGAGGAGCACUUGUAGCAAUUCGGCACACCCCACUGCCCAUCAGACAUCUCUGGCUCAGUUUUGAUGAAGGCAGGCGCUGGAACAAGUACAGCUUCACCUCCUCUCCCCUUUUCGUGGAUGGCGUCCUGGGAGAACCUGGGGAGGAGACGCUCAUAAUGACAAUAUUUGGUCAUGUCAGCCACCGGUCUGAGUGGCAGCUUGUCAAAAUUGACUUCAGGUCCAUCUUUAACAGGAGAUGCAAAGAGGGAGACUAUCAGACAUGGCACCUGCACAACCAAGGGGAGCCGUGCAUCAUGGGAGUGAAAAGAAUUUACCGGAAGCUGAAGCCCACUGCCAGAUGUGUGAUGGGAAAGGAUUAUUCUGUCACUAUGACCUCUGAACCCUGCGACUGCACAGAGGCUGACUUUGAAUGUGACUACGGGUACGAGAGGCGGAGCGGGGGUAAGUGCAGUCCCGCCUUUUGGUUUUCUCCUUCCUCCAUGGCGAGAGGCUGCACCACUGGAAACAGUUUCCUCAACAGCACAGGGUACCGGAAGGUUGUGUCCAAUAACUGCACUGAUGGGGUGCUUGAGCAGUACACAGCUCGGAAGCAGAGGUGUCCAACUCAGGCUCCCCGAGGCGUCCGGCUGGUCACCAGCGAGGGAAAGCUCACAGCCACACGGGGCACCAAUGUCACUUUCCUCGUCUUUCUAGAAGAGGGCGACGGAUCCAGAACCAGCAUCAUGGUAGAUUUCGGAGACGGCAAUGCCAUAUCCUACUCCAACGUCAGCUCCAUAGAGGACGGCAUCAAGCACGUUUACAAAAGUGUGGGAAUUUACAAAGUGUCAGCCACUGGAGAAAACGCCCUGGGAUCUGACCGCGCAGUGCUCUACCUGCAUGUCACAUGUCCACUGGAACGUAUCCACCUUGCAGCGCCCCUUGUGGUCGCAAAGGGUAAAGCAGUCAAUCUCACCACCAUCCUCUGGCCCAGCCAUGUGGGAACAGCCACCUUCAUCUGGUGGUUUGGUAAUAACACUGAGCCACUAAUCACCUUAGAAGGAAGUGUCACCUUCAUAUUUCCGAAGGAAGGAGUGAACACCGUCACAGUUCAGGUGUCUGCUGGGAAUACCAUUCUGCAGGACAAGAAGACUGUCACUGUCCAUGAGUAUUUCAGGUCACAUCUCUUAGCGUUUUCGUCAAAUUUGGAUGAACACAACCCUGAUGUGGCGGAGUGGAGGCAGGACGUCAGCAGAGUGAUCAAAAGCUCCAUGGUUCAGGCCACGGGUGUCAGUGACAAGCAGCUCCUGGUGACGGUUCUCCCUGGCUUGCCUACAGCAGCUGAAAUGUUUAUUCUGCCUGACAAAGAGUUAACAAAGGGGGAGGAGGACAAAAGUACCGAACAUUUAGACCAGCUGUCUGAAGUUCUGCUUGGUGCCCUUAAUCAAAACCGGAUCGAGUUCACCCUCCGGCCAGGGGUGGAGAUCACAGUCUACGCUACACACUUAUCGGCUGCUCCGUUGGUGGACACGGGAGAAAGUCAAAGUGGCUCCGCUGUACUCAUGCUGCUCUCAGUAGUGUUUGUGGGUUUAACAGUUUUCAUCAUCUAUAAGUUCAAAAGGAAGAUCCCAGGCCUCAGUGUCUAUGCACAAAUGCAGAGUGAAAAAGAACAAGAAAUGAUCCGUCCAGUCAGUGCCAUGGAACCCGGCCGGAACCCACACAGGAAGCUGGCGACCUCUGUGGAACUGCUGGACACAGAGUUCCCCAAACAGGCUAUAGGAUACCUUCCAUCCCACAUAAACAUGCAGUUCUCAAAGGAAACGCUGUCAUGUGUUACUGUUUAAGGUCUGGAUGCCCCCCCCCCAAUCAAAAAAUCUCCACUUGUAAUUUGGACAUUGAAUCUACGGGCACCGAGGUUUUAAGCUUUACACAGUACCUGUGCACAUUGGACAUCACUGGAAAGAACUGUGCUCUGUGGAUAUCAGAAGACACUGUACAGGGUUUAUGUUGUCUUUUUUAACAUGUCUGUUCAGCAUCAGAUCUUUUGAUUACAUGCCUUCAUACAGGAUUCAUUACAUGGUUCUCUUUGGCAAGAACCUGUGUUUAGUUUACUGACAUGGCUUAUACACCUGCUUGUUUCAUGUUAA